AGACGACGUCGCCAAAGAAAGCAUGCCACAGUGGAGCCUAAGUCCUCUCGGCCACCUGCAAUCUCUCCGGCAUCUUAGUGUGUCGCUUUCCGGGUACCACUGGUCUCGAGAGCUCCUCCGUCGUGACCUUGGCAUAUCAUGGUCUGAGUUGCAAAGGAUUGACCUCGAAAACUCAACAUCACUCUCGAGCAUAGAGAUUCUUGGUGACUGUGCACUCUAUCUUCCGGACCUUACCUCCCUGAGCAUACCAAUUGACGCGUCCAUCCUGCCUGAAUAUCCUGUUCCUGCAGGACGAUCAUCGGAGCCUAUUCGUCUGGUGCUGGAAAGAUACCCGAUCUCGGAGGAAAGUUGGCCACACAUAGCUGCAUAUAUAGCCGCUACCUACCCUAAAGCGGAGGUCAGCACGAUCAUGUUGCUGAUGGACGAGCUUGAGAGCGACUCAGAAGGCGAGCAGGAGUGGUGGUAUGAGGUGGCGAAAAUGGUGCCAAUAAUGGCGACGGUUGGGUGGACAGAGCGAUCUUUGAUACACGAAGGCGUUGUCUCUGUUGAAUCAGAGCUCUGAACAGCGAAGGUAUGGC